CUUUUGUUUGUGUAUGUGCAAAUAAGUAUUCAGAGAGUUCUCACGUCAGUGGAAAGUGCGCCCAAAUGCGUAUUUGAUAGAUACAUUUGGCGCGUUUUUACAAGUAUUUUUUAUGAAGUGUGCUGGAUUAGAUCGGAGUGUAUUAGUUUUGAAAAUUCCACCGUGACAUUAACGUUUGCUAGGCACUAUGACCUCACUCAAGCCAAUUAAUGCUGCAGUUCCUAAAUACGGAGUUGGCACACAGCCCUUCACCGUCCUUAUCGAAGGCAAUAUUGGUAGUGGAAAGACAACAUUCAUCAAACAUUUUCAAAAAUUUGAAGACAAAAUAUGUGCAAUGGCGGAGCCGGUGGAGAAGUGGCGUAAUUUUAAGGGAUACAAUUUAUUGGAACUGAUGUAUAUUGAUCCGGACCGUUGGGCAAUGCCGUUUCAAUCAUAUGUGAUGCUGACAAUGUUGGAGCGACAUACAGAACCUACAGACAAACCAAUUAAGAUCCUSGAACGCUCUUUAUACAGUGCAAAGUACUGCUUCGUUGAAAAUUUACACAAAGGUGGCCUUAUACAUGAUGGCAUGUAUGAAAUWUUGAAACAAUGGUAUAAUUAUGUCGAAGACAUUACACACAUACAAGCCGAUUUAAUAGUUUAUUUGCGAACAACGCCUGAGAUAGUUUAUGAACGUAUACGAAAACGGGCUCGUUCCGAAGAGGCAUGCGUGCCACUUGAAUAUAUCAAGCAGUUGCACGAAUUUCACGAAGACUGGUUGAUUCGAAAAAAAUUCGGAUGUAAUAUUAAAGUACUAGAAAUUGAGGCCGAUUUAGAUCUCUCUGAAAUCGAUCGAGAGUACAAACGAUCCGAAAAUGUUAUCACAGCUUCAAUACAACAACAAAGGCCAGCAGUGACGGCAUCACCCAGUAAACGCUCAGAUUUUUUGGGUUAAUUCAAUUACCAAGCAUUUUAGCGAAAUUUCUCAGCAUCACUAGAUACAUUUUAUUUAUAUGUUUUAAAAUUUCAUUUUUUUUUUUAUCGUAAAUGUAUUAAUACUAUUAUAGACAUGUAAGAAUGAUAUGCAUUUUAAGAUAAAAUAUA